AAGGCAGCAGAACAGGAGGAGAAGGAGAAAGAAGUGUGCAGGACGCUAAUAAAAGGAUAGCAAAGUAUGAGGAGGAACUUUGUCCAACAAAAGAGGAGAAGGAGCGACAACAUCAACUACUGGACGCUGUUUUCAAGAAACAUCAAGUUGUGUUACACAGAACAGACCUCAAUGAAGCACAUCGUCCUCGUGAGCAGGAGGAGGAACGACAGUCCCCCCACAUACAAGAGGAAGAAGAGGUACCACAUUCCCAACACAUCAAAGAGGGAGGAGAGGAGCCACAGCCCCCCCACAUUAAAGAGGAAGACGAGACGCCACAGACCCAUAAUGUUAAACUGACCCUUCACAUUAAAGGGCAAGCGGAGGACCCACUGAACUUACACAUCAAAAAUGAAGAGGAAGACCUACUGACUCCUUACUUUAAGGAGCAAGAGAACCCGCUGACCCCCUACUAUAAAAAGGAAGAGGAGGACCCACUAACCCCCUACGUUAAAGAGGAAGAGGAGGAGCAAGAUCCGCCACACAUUAAAGAGGAAGAGGAGGACCAAGAGCCGCCGCACAUUAAAGAGGAAGACGAGAAGCCACAGACCCAUAAUGUUAAACUGACCCUUCACAUUAAAGGGCAAGCGGAGGACCCACCGAACUUACACAUCAAAAAGGAAGAGGAGGACUCACUGACCCCCAACUUUAAAGAGGAAGAGGAGGACCAAGAGCCGCCGCAGAUUAAAGAGGAAGAGGAGGAAGAGGGCAUCAGUCAGCCUAAAUGGUUGGAGGAGUUCCCAGUGACUGGUGUCCCUGUGAAGAGUGAAGAUGAUGAGGUGAAAGGUGAAAGUGAGGAGAGGGGAGGGGGGGAGCCUCCAAGCAGCAGCUCAACACAACACAUGACAACAGAAGCUGAUGGAGACCACUGUGGAGGAUCACAAGCAGACAAGCUCUUAGCUCCACUAUCAGAUAGUGAGGACACAACGUCACACUCUCCUGACACUGAUGAUGAAGACUCUAAAGAUGAUAAGACAUGUCACACUGACAACACUCACUUCACAUCUUCUCUCUGUCACAAAACCUUUAAAUACCAUUGUAGUCUGAAAAGACACAUGAGAACACACACUGGAGAAAAACCUUUUUCUUGUUCACUCUGCAGUAAAGAUUUUAGACAAAGUAUCAAUUUGAAAGUACACAUGAGAACACACACUGGUGAAAAACGUUUUUCCUGUUCAACCUGUGGUAAAGGUUUUACACAAAGUCAGAGUUUGAAAAGACAUAUUAGAACACACACUAGAGAAAAACCUUUUUCUUGUUCACUCUGUAGUAAAGGUUUUACACAAAGUAUCAAUUUGAAGGUACACAUGAGAACACACACCGGUGAAAAACCUUUUUCCUGUUCAAUCUGUGGUAAAGGUUUUAGAGAAAGUCAACAUUUGAAAAGACACAAGAGAACACACACUGGUGAAAAACCUUUUUCCUGUUCUACCUGUGGUAAAGGUUUUGUUGAAAGUCAGAGUUUGAAAGUACACAUGAGAACACACAAUGGUGAAAAACCUUUUUCUUGUUCAAUCUGUGGUAAAGGUUUUGCACAAAAUCAGAGUUUGAAAAGACACAUGAGAACACACACUGGAGAAAAACCUUUUUCCUGUUCAAUCUGUGGUAAAGGCUUUGUUAAAAGUCAGGGUUUGAAAGUACACAUGAGAACACACAUUGGUGAAAAACCUUUCUCCUGUUCAAUCUGUGGUAAAUGCUUUGCACAAAGUCAACAUUUGAAAAGACACAACAGAACACACAGUGGUGAAAAAUCACAUUCCUGCUGAAUCUGCAACAGAAGCUUUUGUUGACGAUCAAGCCUUGUAUCACACAUGAGAAGACACCCAGGAGAGAAAGUGUUGAGUUGCAGUGUGUGUGGUGAAAGAUUGUCUUCUAAGUAGCAGUGUAAGAAACACAAGUGUGCUGGUGAGAACAGCAGCAGCAAAUGAAACUGCAGGAUUUGAAAUAAACUGUCCAGACUUUCAUUUUGACUUUCUAACAACAUCAGCACAUAUAACAUGUGUGACAUUGUUGUUUGUCUAACAAUCUGUUUAAUAUGCUUCUAUAUUUAUAGAUUAGAUAUUUUAUAUUAGUGCUUUUUUCAGUCAAGUACAUGUAUUAAUAUGCAACAUUGUGUACUUUUGUUAAAAAAUGGACAGAACAAUUUGAGUAAAAAAGUGAGAGUAAACAGUAAAAUACAUAUUUUACAUGCAAUAAACAUGUCGUGUGUAUGUAUACACAUACACACACACACACUCUAUAUAUAUAUAUAUAUAUAUAUAUAUAUAUAUAUAUAUAUAUAUAUAUACUGUAUAUUCACCAUACAAUUUUAGACCUAUUUAUAUGAAAUAUUGAAGUAUUACAUAUUUGUAUUUGUAAUUGUUGAUAACCCCAUAGAUUGUCACCUUUAUAUGAUAUACAUAUGUACUGGUUCACAUCUGAAACAUCUUCUGGACCACUUCAGGAAGCAUAUUAUUAUUUACUUCAUACAUCAUUUGAACAGUUGUCUUUUAUACAAUUUUAAAAUAUGUGUCUCUUUGAAUCAUUUGUUGGGUCUCUAUAAUCUAUUUUAUUCAUUACCGUUAUUACUCUGUAUUAUGAUGAUUGUGUUGUGAUUAUUUUAUAUGUAUGUCCCCAGACCUUUAUGCAGUAUACAAGUGAGAGAAAAUGGCUGAGUUUUUGUGGAAGGAUGGGGUUGUUUUUACAAACUUACAUUUGUGGAUAAAUCAAAUAAAUCCAGUAUUGUGUUUUAAACAUUUUUUUCAAUGUUUUUUUUUUCUUUUUUAACAUCCCCAAAACAACAUCAAUAUCAGUCAAAGUUUGGAGUGUCAGACAAAAGCCAAUAUUGUACAUCAUCCCACAGAGAUUUACUUUGCAUACAUUCAUAAAAUAAACUGUUUAUUGUGUUUCCCAGUCACAGAA